GAGAGAGAGAGAGAGAAACAGAGAUGGGGGGAGAGAGAGAGAGAAAUAGAGAUACAGAGAGAUAUGGGGAGAGAGAGAGAAAUAGAGAUACAGAGAGAGAGAGAAAUAGAGAUACAGAGAGAGAGAGAGGGAGAGAGAGAGAGAGAGAGAGAGAGAGAGAGAGAGAGAGAGAGAGAGAUGGGGGAGAGAGAGAGAGAGAGAGAGAGAGAGAGAGAGAGAUGGGGGGAGAGAGAGAGAGAGAGAGAUGGGGGGAGAGAGAGAGAGAGAGAUGGGGGGAGAGAGAGAGAGAUGGGGGGAGAGAGAGAGAGAGAGAGAGAGAGAGAGAUGGGGGGAGAGAGAGAGAGAGAGAUGGGGGGAGAGAGAGAGAGAGAGAUGGGGGGAGAGAGAGAGAGAUGGGGGGAGAGAGAGAGAGAGAGAGAGAGAGAGAUGGGGGGAGAGAGAGAGAGAGAGAGAUGGGGGGAGAGAGAGAGAGAGAGAGAGAGAGAGAGAGAGAUGGGGGAGAGGGAGAGAGAGAGAGAGAGAGGGAGAGAGAGAGAGAGAGAGAGAGAGAGAGAGAGAGAGAGAGAGAGAUGGGGGAGAGAGAGAGAGAGAGAGAGAGAGAGAGAGAUGGGGGAGAGAGAGAGAGAGAGAGAGAGAGAGAGAGGAGAGAGAGAGAGAGAGAGAGAGAGAGAGAGAGAGAGAGAGAGAGAGAGAGAUGGGGGAGAGAGAGAGAGAGAGAGA